AUGUAUGCAAUCAUUUAUGUACAAGUAAUAUACAUGUCUUGGUAUGAAGCAGCAUCAGACGAACUCAAACAAAAAGUCAAAUAUGAAAAUUUUAAAAGAAAACCAUACAGAGCGGAACCUGGAAAACAUGUAAUAUCAAAUUCGUUCUGUGCAAUUUGUCAAUGUAAAACACAAACAGAGACAAAGCAUUGCAAACGAUGCAACUUUUGUAUUGAUGAAUUCGAUCAUCAUUGUGUUUGGCUCAAUAAUUGUAUAGGAGGAAAAAAUUACAAGCCAUUUGUCGUGUUGGUUAGCUGCGUCAAUGUGUUUUCCAUUUAUGCAUGGGUACUGGUCUGGUACGUUUUCAUCAGAUGGAUAGCGUUUGAUGAAGUUACUUUUUUGAAAACUAUGGAAGAUAAAGCAGAUUGGCGGAAAGUUCUAUGGGUGUUUUCAAUGAUUCUGUGCAUUAUAGUGUAUGGAGUUCUAACGAUGACAACAUGUCAUUUGCUCCAUUUUCAUUUCCGUUUAUUUCAAGUUGGUCAAACCACAUAUCGGUAUAUGACGAAUCGAAAGCGAGGAGCAAGGGUCGGUGUUUCUGCAGUAUCUAACACCCACUCCCAAACUCAUCGUCCAGACAAUCCAGUUGAAGAAGAUGAACCAGGACAAAACGAUGAGCAACCUCAUCCAACAACUCCAAGGAACUCUCGUGUUAGUGGUGGGAGCCCUAACCAUGUUGUAGUGACUAUUGAGCCCCCUACUCCAACUCCAAAUGGAUCCACAGUGAGCUCAGCGAGCUACAGUAAUCCGGCAUAUGUGUCUAUGGAGGCACCUCACUGA